CUUCAUUUCCCACAAUUCCUGGAGCCGCACUUCCUGGUUUGAUAACACGUAGCGUCACUUCUCAAAGAGAGCUUCAGAGUAGCAAACUAGCGACAAACGACGACUUUUACGGACUUAUUUAAUACACUUACGAUUGUUGGUCACUCGCGUUUAUUAACUUCGAUGAUAAUGAAGCCAGAGCGCCGAGUAUCGCUGUGUUUGGCCUCAUAUGUAGGCUAAGCUUUGUUAUCAAGCUAAUAUUGCCAUGACUAGUUAGCAAAUAAUUGUGUUGUUUACAUAUUUUUUUCAAGAUGUAUACGUUAUUAUCUGGAUUAUAUAAGUACAUGUUCCAAAAGGACGAAUACUGUGUUUUGAUCCUGGGACUGGACAACGCUGGGAAAACGACCUUUCUGGAACAAACCAAAACCAAGUUCAGUAAGAACUAUAAGGGAAUGAACCUCUCAAAGAUCACAACCACAGUUGGGCUGAACAUUGGCACCAUCGAUGUGGGCAAAGCUCGUCUGAUGUUCUGGGAUCUGGGAGGUCAGGAUGAGCUCCAGUCUCUGUGGGACAAAUACUAUGCUGAGUCCCAUGGAGUCAUCUACGUGAUCGAUUCAACUGACGAGGAGCGCCUGUCAGAAUCCAAGGAGGCCUUCGAGAAAAUGAUCAGCAGUGAGAUGUUAGAAGGUGUUCCGCUCCUCGUGCUGGCCAACAAGCAGGACGUCCCGGACUGUUUGUCCGUGCCGGACAUUAAAACAGCCUUCAGUGACUCGGCCCCGAAGAUCGGCAAGCGAGAUUGUUUAGUCCAGCCUUGUACUGCCUUGACAGGGGAUGGAGUGAACGAAGGCAUCGACUGGAUGGUGAAGUGUGUGGUCCGGAACAUUCACCGGCCGCCCAGACAGAAGGACAUCACGUAGUCACGAGCGCUGCUUCCACUGACUUUGGACUGAGUUUCUCCUUGAGGACAUUCCAUGUAAACCCUGGAGUUGAUACUCUCCCCUCUCUCCUCGUGUUUUGAACAGUUUGAAUUUCGGCAUUUUAGGGGUUCAUUACAGACAUAUUUCUUUAUCACAAAGCAUAAUUUUAGAUGUGCUUUGAAUGGACUCUGUUUGACUUUUGGAAGCAGUGUCACGACUUCCUCUGCUUCACGUGGGGCAGCGGUCUCUGGAGCUGGCAGGGGUGUGACUAUGUCUGACGGACACUCGCCCCUGAAGCAAAGAAGCAUCGGCUCUCACGUGAAAUAUACAAAACUGUAACGGGGGUUCUCUGUUAACGCUAUCAGAUCAACUCAACAAUAUUUAGCUCACAUUUUUAAAGUCAAAGUCAAAUUUGCAUCCUCCACACUUUAUGUGUAAAGAAAUAUAUACCAACAAGGAUACUAUUGUGCACAUUAAGGACAAACCCUUUUCUAACAUGUUGGUGUGAAACGGCUUCAGGGCUGUGGUUGGGCCGAUUCCUUGCCAACCACAGGAAUAGAAUAGGAGCAGAGCGGACAUUGAGAUGUUUCCCAUGGUCAAAAAACUAAAUGAGUCCACCAAAAGUCACCAGAACAGAGUCCUCUUCACAGCCUUGUUGUGUGUAACUUAACGUUAACAGUUUACUUCUGCCCGUUGUAUUCACGCUUCAAAGUGCUGUUUAUUGCUGAAGAUUAUCUUGCUGAACAAAACAUGUAUCAUAAAUGUUUGUUUGCCGCAGAGUUUAUUAUCUGCAAUAAUCCAAAAUCCAAUGGCUAUUUGUGGAGGAACCAGUCUGACGUUAACUUCCUGUUAGAACUACGAAAAUACAUCAUCCCUGCAGCUCUGUAUGGUUCGUCUGUCCCUGUACAACAUUCAGUGUUUGGGAGGAUCCAUGGUCCUGUUGAGUUUGUGAAUUAUGAAAUCAUAAAUGGAACGAAGCAAAUGUGAAAAACAGGGUGAACUGUCUGUGUGGUACUGAUACAGCACAGAUCAACUUACUGACAGACGGAACAAUUCAUGCUCCCUGUAACCAGAAUAAAACACAUUUCUUCUUUUAAAAUAGAAAAUGUAAUUUCACUUCGACUUUAAGGUUUGAACUCUCCGAUCUGCACACUGCCCCUCAGACCGGAAGCAUUCACUACUUUUCUAACUUUGCUGGUUUUCAUGUUGUUUCUAACCCUAACCUUAUGUUAUUCACAUAACUAUCAUACUACAAUGUCAUGAUGGAUAAAUGAGAAGAAAUAACUCGAGUGGUAAGGCUUUGUCACAUUGUUCCAUGACUUUUACUUUGACGGGGUUUCCUGUAGGCAGCUGUGUAGUGUUGAGUUAAAAUCCAAAUAAUGUGAGCUAAAAUUGUUCGAGUCCAACUCCGUGAAAAGGAGAAGAAACUAUUAACGGUUAUUUUUGUAUCCUCUCUUUUUUGGGUUGCAUAAUUGUACCCCUUGGACAAUGCGACUCAUUGGAGCUCCACGCUACAGGUCCACCGAUAGGUUCCUAGAGCUUGAAAUAAUAUCGAUAGUCUGGAGCAGGAAAAACUUUGACUUUGGGAAUAUUAAUGUUCAUAAUUGGACACUACAGCUGGGUAACAGGGCAGGAUGUCUGUCACAGACUGCUGCAUCACUUUAUACCAGCAGCGUAACUUGGGAUGUAGGAAGUUGUUAUACAAACCACUGUGUCCUCUGUCUCAUAUGUGGUAGAUGACAAUAAUAAACUUCUAAUUUCAAAGACA